AUGUGGCUGCGCACCCGUGGCUUUGCGCCUGCAACCUGGCCGCCGUCCAAGCCACCGCCCGCGCUACGUCGCUACGUCCCGUCGGGUCACCGCGCUUCGCUGCCCUGCCCUGCCCUGCCCUGCCCUGCCCUGCCCUGCCCUGCCCUGCAACACCCCUCCGUUGCCACUACGCUUGCACUACGUAUAGAACACAUUUCCCAGGGCUGCACCAUUGCCAUGCCAUGCCAUGGAUUGAGGCUUUCUACCCGAAACCCAACGACCCCGCCGCGCACAUGCACAGCACAUGCACAGCACAGCACAUGCAUAUGCCACCAGGCCUUUGCUGCCAGCACCCAGCACCCAGCACCCAACACCACAACCCCACGAUAA